AUGUGCUCCUGGUUCCUUACGUGCCCUGUGUGUAUGUUAGCACCGAAUGGGACUACUGGUAGUAAUCUGCCUGGAUUAAUAAUUGGAGAAGUGACCCUAAGCUCAGAAAAUCCAGAAGCAGUGAUAGCAGCUGCAAACACUUUGAUUGAUAACACUAAAAGAUCUAUAGGAUUGUUAAAAAGGUUAAGUACGGUACUACAUGGCGGUAGAGAAGGCUUAACAAACACAGUUUUUACUUUCUUUGCUCGAGUGAAAGGUUAUUUGUGGGAAAUUGCUACGAUACCUGAGACAGCAAAUGAAGAUAGUCUUUCGCAAAAAAGUGUAACAGCUCUCGUUCAAGAUAUCCACAAAGCCGGUGGCGAAGUUAUAGACGCUACAGAAGGUUCUGUGCUUUUACAUAUUCAGUGUCAUUCCGUUAACGAGUUGUUAGAUGUCUUGAACUAUUUUAAAAGUUCAGAUAUAGACCAACGAUUGGAUUUCAUAGCCGAAUGUUUAACAGAAGAAUUAGGGUGCCGAAUAAGCUUGUCAGCAUGUAUUCAGGUGGAAUCACUUCAGGAGGCCUUUCAUCUUAUACAAGAAAAACAAAAUCCUGUAUUCACAAAAAGAGUACUUCUUUCUAUUAAAUGCGAAAAGAGUGAGGGGGUGCUCAACGUCGUCAAGUUAUUCGAAGAUGGAGAUGCGUCUAACAAGCUGUCUACGAUAUCAAACGAUUUAUCAGAUGAACUUGGAAGUCCCGUAGUAUUGAGAGCAUCACUUGAUACGGAUACAUUACACGAAUAUGUCCACGCGACCAAAGGAAAUCAAUUCGAGCAAGGAGAGACUCAGCAGAGCGUUAUGAGAUAUGAACCACUCGUCGAAAUAAAAGCCCAUGAUUCACUGUCGAAAGAAUCCACAGAGAAAGAG